CAAGACGUACAGAAAACUGUCCCAACAAAAUAACAGAGGUAAACACAACAAACCCAAAAAAUAAUUUAAUUCUUAAGAAACCAAAAAAAAUUAAAAAUAAAAAAAAACAAGAUUUAGAUCUGAAGUUUUAAACAAAAAAACGAAAAACACAACUGUGAUAUUCUUUAAUUUAUGAUGCAAAAACAUAAAUGAGGGUUGUUCUAUUGUUAAUUUGACGUUUGUAACACAAAAUGAUUUCGAAAAAAAAAAUCGAUAAAUUAGUACAAUUAUUCAAACACAACAUCAGGGUUGUUCUAAUGUUGUUUUGCGGUCAGUACUACAACAACAUUCAUACAUAUAUGUAUCAGACAAAUAUAAUAAUAAAAACUUAAAAAAAAAAUAAUGGGUAUUUCUGUUUGGUUGUUUUUGUGUUGUUUUAUUGUUGUUAUUUUAUUUUUUUUGUUGAUUUUUUUUUUGUUGUUUUGCUAUUGUUUUAUUGUUGUUGUACUAUUGUUUUAACAUUAAAUAAGACCCUGGAAUGACAGGUAAUGGAACGUCUACCAGUACUCAUCAAGAGCAGUGGACAAUGGAAUGAAGAUCACAAUUAUGUGAACUAUGUGGCUAGUGGAGAAUUCAUACCAACAAAAUGCAAGUACGAAGAGCUACUGCAAAUACUGGUUACUUCAUUGGGGUGCGAAAACACCAGCACAACACUACAAAUACAGUACCAAGCUACAGAAGGAAUACCACCGAUCAAAAUAUGCAACGAUCGAAGCCUCUACUUUUACUUGGAAUUGAAAAUGAAGGAAACAGAUUUCACGACAUAUCCACUAUGUGUCAACCAGCAAAACAACAACACAACACCUGCUGCAACACCAAAUUCGAUAUCCACAACAACACCGAAUGAAUAUAAUGUGGCAAUGAUCGAAAACAACACAACAACGCUUGAAAACAACAUAACAACAACAGAAUCAUACACAACGGGACAGCAAACGGAAGAAGGGGAAAAGUCAGAAACAAUAGAAGAUGAGGAGGACAAAUUCGACAUAAUUGACUAUGCAAAUCUGGUUGCUGAAGAAAUGGUAGAACAACUUGAAAACACCAGUAAAAAAUUGGAUCCAGAAAUCGACAUCAACAAUGCAAAGUUAAUAACAGACAAACAACACCCCGAAGUGGAAAAAGGACAGGCAUACAAAGACAAAGAAACUCUAAAAAAUGUCCUCAGCUACUACGCAAUCAAAAACAACUUUCAGUACAAAGUGUGGAAGUCCUGCUCUCAAGAAUACAGUCUGAAAUGUGUUUACGAAAGCUGCAAUUGGUCACUAAGAGCAUCGAGAAAUGGGCCAACAAACACAUUCAUAAUCAGGAGGUUCUCAAAUAUGCACACAUGCCCCAUAAAUAUAAGGCAUGAAGACCAAAGGCAAGCAACAUCGAAACUGAUAGGGGAAUGCAUAAAACCGAAGUUCUUGAACAUAAAGACCAAGGCAACAGCGAUGGACAUAAAAGGGGAGUUGAAAUACAGAUUUGGCAUCAAAAUGAACUAUAUGAAAGCUUGGAGAAGUAAGGAACAUGCAGUAAACAGACUUGAGAGGUAAUGCUAGUGACUCGUACAGCCUAAUACCGAGUUUCUUACACAUGGUGGAAAAAACAAACCCUGGAUCAUUUGUGGAUCUGAAAACGGCAGAAGACAACAGCUUGCUCUUUGUUUUCAUGGCGUUGGAUGCAUCCAUAAAAGGGUGGGGAGCAUGCAGACCGAUAGUUGUUGUGGACGGAACGUUCCU